UAAGUUGUUUAUGUAGUUUUCUCAAUUAGUAGGUCAUUCCUCAUUUAUAAAUUAACCAUUUUGAUCCUUAUGAUACAUUAUUAAUUAAUAAUUGUGAUUAAUAUACUUAUUAAAUUAAAUAAAAAUUAUUAAUAUAAUUUUAUAAAUUAAUGAUUUUGAUUGCCUGAUAUAUAUUUUUUUCUCUCUUUUUUCUUGCACCUUUUUAUUUUCUAACCCAGGUAUCAUUUGGUUGAGAGAGUCAAGGAUUAAUUUUUAGUUUUAUUGUAAUCCAUGUUUUCCGUACACACCGAUCAAAGAUUGAAUCCAUCAUAUUGAUUAUCUAUCAACCCGUGUUAAUUUUUUUGAGGUUUAGACCAAAUAAAUAAGUUGUGUGUUUAUUGCUUACAAAAUUUUAAAUUCCCUACACAAACAAUUUAAAGUCAACAGUCUGCAAUGCCUUCACCUUCUCUAUUCAUUCUUGCAAUUUUUGUUUAUUAAAAAUUAACAUUGAGAGCUUCAUCUGUUUGUACGUUACAAUGAUUUGAGCGUAAGACAUUACUCUUUUAACGCUACCACCGUCAAAGCCUUCUCCUUUUUACCAUUCUAAUGGCUUGGCUUUCAAAUCUCACUUUGAUGGGUUCUGUGUGUUAUGUGUGUGUGAAACUGUGAAAUGAGUUGGAGAUAGAGACAACGGUUUAAGGUUAAGGUUAAGUCUUUUUUGUUUUUUUUGUCUUUGCUAUUAGGAUGCAAGUUUUCUUGGGCACCCUGUUUGCAAAUUUUCAAUUGCAGACUGUGAAAAUUUCAAUUUUUGUUAUGUUUUCUGAGUUCCAGAUGAAGAAUUUCUGGUGGGAUUGAGAUAUUUUGAUGAUUAAUUUCUGAGUUUGAUAGUAGUGGGGAAUAUAGAGAUAAUUACUCAUAAGUAAUUACCAAUUGUUGGGAGAGAAAGAUGAACUUUUUUUUUUGGCAGAGACAAAAAGAGAGUUGUUGAUGAUUAAUUUGUGGUUUUGGUAUUAGUUGGGAUGAGGGUGUAUGUGUAUUAUGUAGAGAUAAUUGCCAAUUGUUGCGUGUGUGUGUGAGAGAGAGAGGGAGAGAGUUGAGUUCUUUGUUUUUUGUUUGGUGAUUCAAUAAUCUUGCAUCAUAUGGCUGUGGUGAGUCCUGUGCCUGCAACAACACAAAGGAUGGGUUCAGUGAGGUUACUUUCUGAUGCUGGUGGAGAAAUUUUGGAGGAGCCAAAUCCAAGGGUGGUUGAUCAGCCAAUCUAUGUUGCUGUGACAAAAGAGGUGAAGGAGAGCAAAUUAAAUCUAAUAUGGGCAAUACAGACCUCCGGAGGAAAGAGAAUUUGCAUUCUUUAUGUUCAUGUUCGUGCAACAAUGAUUCCCCUAUUGGGAGGGAAAUUCCCCGCAAGUACACUAAAAGAGGAGCAGGUUGAAGCAUACUGGGAAGAAGAAAGGCAAGGCAUGCAUGGGAUUCUGGAUGAAUAUCUUUGUAUCUGUCAGCGGAUGGGGGUGCGAGCAGAGAAACUGCAUAUUGAAAUGGAUAGCAUUGAAAAAGGAAUUUUAGAACUCAUCUCCCAGCAUGGCAUCCGAAAGCUUGUUAUGGGAGCAGCAUCUGAUAAGUACUAUAAUAGGAGAAUGAUGGACCUCAAAUCUAAGAAAGCCGUCUCUGUGUGUAAACAAGCUCCAGCUUCUUGUCAUAUACAGUUUGUCUGCAAAGGGCACCUUAUACACACAAGGGAUCGCAGUUCGGAUGAAGGUAACGCAGAGGUUGCAUCUCCUUUGGUGCAGCAAGUGCCAAACUCUUUGAAAUCUUUGAGAUCUCUGUCUAUUACACUUGGGCAAGAUUGCCAAGCAAAUAUAACCAAUCCUGCUCUAGAGUUAUUUCGCAGAGUAAGGUCUGCCAAUGAUGGACAUGGAGCAAGCUUUAUGGCUGUUUCUUCUCCAGAAGACACUGAAGGGCUUUCAACUCCACGUGACAGGAUGGGUACAGAAGUAAGUUCUGAUGAAUCAGAUAGGCUGUCUAGGAUGAGUCCUUCUGGCUUGUCAACAUGCUCUGACAGUGCAGUUGAACUAGCAUUGACCCCAAGUUUGAUAAACGAAAGCAGUGAGAAUGCAUUAGAGUUGACUUUGAGUCGCCUGAUUAUAGAGGAUCUUCAUCAUUCAUCUCCUCCCAGUACACUGGAUGGUGGAAUGGAUGAUACUACCUACGACCAGCUUGAACAGGCUAGGGCUGAGGCUGAGAAUGCUACACUAAAUGCAUAUCAAGAAACUGUAAGGCGUAUGAAAGCUGAAAAAGAUGCAUUUGAAGCUAUACGCAAGAUUAAAGCUUCUGAAAGCUUAUAUGCAGAGGAGUUGAACCAGAGGAAAAUGGCAGAGGAAAAACUUAGGAAAGAAAAAGAAGAACUUGAGAAUAUGAAGAGCUUGAGAGACACAGUUAAGGAAGAACUCCGCCUUGCUCUUGAUCAGAAGGCUUCACUAGAGAGUCAAAUUGCGUCAACUGAACUUAUGAUAAAGGAGUUGGAGCAGAAGAUUUUAUCUGCUGUGGGUCUGUUACAAAGCUACAAGAAUGAACGAGAUGAAUUGCAGAUGCAGUGUGAUAAUGCAUUGCGAGAGGCUGAAGAGUUGAGGAAAAAACAAGGAGAGGCUUCAGGCACCCAUGUGCCUCAAUUGUGCUCAGAAUUCUCUUUUCCAGAGAUUAAAGAAGCAACAAGUAACUUCAAUCCAUCCUCAAAGAUUGGAGAAGGUGGAUAUGGAAGUAUAUUUAAAGGUGUCUUGCAUCACACUGAGGUGGCUAUAAAAAUGUUAAACUCCGACAGCAUGCAAGGACCCUUGGAGUUUCAACAGGAGGUUGAUGUGUUGAGCAAGCUAAGGCAUCCCAAUCUUAUCACACUCAUAGGAGCCUGCCCAGAUUCAUGGGCUCUUGUCUAUGAGUAUUUACCUAAUGGAAGCCUUGAAGAUCGUCUUGCCUGCAAGGAUAACACCCCUCCGUUGUCAUGGCAAGCUCGAAUUCGCAUUGCUGCUGAACUAUGCUCGGCUCUUAUCUUUCUCCAUUCCACUAAACCUCACAGCGUAGUGCAUGGUGACUUAAAACCCUCCAACAUUCUCCUUGAUGCAAACCUUAUUAGCAAGCUUAGUGACUUUGGAAUCUGUCGUAUAUUAUCAAACUGUGAGAGUUCUGGUAGCAAUAUUACAGAGUUUUGGAGAACUGACCCAAAAGGAACUUUUGUCUACAUGGAUCCUGAAUUCCUUGCCUCAGGGGAACUUACUCCAAAGUCAGAUGUUUAUUCAUUUGGAAUUAUAUUGUUGAGAUUGUUGACUGGGAGACCAGCAUUGGGAAUAACAAUGGAAGUGAAAUAUGCAUUAGAUACUGGAAAGUUGAAAUCCCUAUUGGAUCCUUUGGCUGGAGACUGGCCAUUUGUGCAGGCUGAACAGUUGGCUCGCUUGGCUUUGAGGUGCUGUGAUAUGAAUAGAAAGAGCCGGCCGGAUCUUUAUUCAGAUGUCUGGAGGAUACUUGAUGCAAUGAGGGUUUCUUCUGGAGGUGCAAACUCCUUUGGAUUAAGUUCUGAAGGGCUUUUACAAUCUCCUUCAUAUUUUAUUUGUCCAAUCUUCCAGGAAACAGCUUCUCCAAAUCUUGAUGCACAGGGUUGCCGCCCUUUUUUAGGGUUUGGCUCUUCUAAAGCGAGUUGCUUAGUUUCAAGAAGUCAUGCGAGAUCCACAUGUAGCUGCAGAUGGUUUUACUUAUGAAGCUGAGGCUAUACGAGGAUGGCUUGACGGUGGUCAUGACAAUUCACCAAUGACUAAUAGUAAGCUGGCACAUCACAAUCUUGUUCCCAACCGCGCUCUUCGCUCUGCAAUCCAGGACUGGCUUCAAAACCACUGAUCAAGCUCAUUAUUUUUCUCUGCCCAUUUUUAUUGAACUGUGUAUCUACUGUUUAUACCAUGUAUAGGAAAGAAAGUUGUCAUUUCUUUUUGUUACCUUAUAUCAGUUUUAUUUCUUGUGGUUCUUCAAUCACAUUUUAUACCUAUCCUCUUGUAUAGGUUAGAUAACCACGGGAUUAUCUUACAAUAGUUGUAAAGUACAUAUAUAUCAUAGCAUAUAUGUCAGAAGUCAGAACACUUCUCUGUGAUUAUCUUUCCUUUUUGGUGUUAUGUGAUUAUAUUUAGCAUUAG